ACAGGAACAGUUUGAUAUAGAGCAUCAUCCAGAGAGGAGGACAUCACUGGGACUGUCUAGUUAUUGGAUCGAGAUCCCGGGGGGUUUUUUUUAUUGACGACUAGGCUUUAAGGAGGCUGUAAAAGUCAACGCGUAAAAGGCGUAUUGGAGCUCUUGUGUCCAGAUGUUAGUCCACACCUACUCGACCAUGGACCGUGCGGACGGACUGUCCAGCUCCUCUCCUAGCGGGCGACUCUCGCAGCUCUCUUCGCUGAACCAGGCAGCGUAUUCCUCGGCUCCCCCUCUCUGCCACACUCCGGCGUCUGACUUCCAGCCCCCCUACUUUCCACCUCCAUACCCCCAGUCCUCACUGUCUUAUUCCCAGAGUCAAGACACUGGAUACCCGCAUUUACCGGACCCCUAUCAGUCCAUCAACUCCCUUCAUCAGCACCAGCAGGCAGCGUGGCACUCCCAGCGCUCGCGCUCAGAGGACGCGGGGCUUCUGUCGCAGUCACACCGCGCUCUGAGCUUAGAUCCGCGGCGGGAGUAUCCGGGCGUUCCGCGGCUGCUCCAUCAUGGCCUGGGUGAAGGAGCAGCGGCGCUCGGUGAAGGUCCUCUGGGAAUGCACACAGUGGGUCAUCACGGUCUGGAUGACAUUCAGGGUAUGGAGGAGGCAUCUGCUUUGGGGAUCCUGGACCAUUCUGUUAUCAAGAAAGUUCCGGUCCCAUCAAAGCUAAAUGGCUCAGCGGUCUCUGCCUUGUCCCUCACUAAAGAAGGCCUGGGUUUGGGAUGUGUGUCCAACCCUGCAGAGGUUUUCUGCUCUGUCCCGGGCCGCUUGUCGCUCCUCAGCUCCACCUCUAAGUACAAGGUCACAGUUGGAGAAGUCCAGAGACGCCUGGCUCCACCUGAGUGCCUCAACGCCUCACUGCUGGGAGGAGUCCUGCGCAGAGCAAAGUCAAAAAACGGGGGCCGCUGUCUGCGAGAACGUCUGGAGAAGAUCGGCCUCAACCUGCCUGCCGGUCGGCGAAAGGCAGCCAACGUCACACUCCUCACAGCGCUGGUAGAAGGUGAGGCGGUUCAUCUCGCACGGGACUUCGGGUAUGUGUGCGAGACAGAGUUCCCUGCCCGGUCCACAGCAGAGUAUCUGUGCAGACAAAGUGACCCAGAUCAGCUGCCCACACGACGCAGUAUGCUGCAUGCCACCAAGGAGAUUUGCAAGGAGUUUAUGGACCUGAUGUCGCAGGACAGGUCGCCGUUGGGUGCCAGUCGCCCCACACCCUGCCUGGAGCCCGGGGUGCAAAGCAGCCUGACCCACUUCAGCCUCCUCACCCACGGUUUCGGCACACCCGCCAUCUGUGCCGCCCUGUCGGCCUUCCAGAGUUACUUGCUAGAGGCCCUAAAACUGCUGGAUAAAGGAGAAGGAGGAGGAAAAAGCCACCACGACAAGGAACUCAAGCACCGCAAAUGAACAAUCGGGAGAGAGACACUACCUCCCUCACUUUUAGGAGUGUAUGAGUGUAUUUAUGUGUACGAAUGUGUGCGUUCACCCCACCGUUUCGCGCCUGUACGAACCGAUUGCAUUCGUCUCUGAUGAAAUCCAAGAUCUCCAGAGAAAGAGGAAAUGCCACGAUGCUUUACGCUGCAUGCGGACCACAAACUCCCAAUGGAUCCCCAUGACUGACCUGUACAGGGCCCUACAUGGUGCUCUCUGGAGAUUGGGCCCCUAAACCAAAUUCAAAAGAUGGCAGAGACAAUUAAGGAUGGGGGCGUAAAAGUAAUUAGGCACUGACAAAUUUCAUUGUGAAAUGUCAUUUUGUACUUAAUGUUGUAUGUUUAUUAUCAAUGUUACUGUUAUUCUUAUUGCCGUAUUGCAAUGUAAAUGUAAUAUAUUAUUAAACCAACAACUGAAUUCAA